AUGAAUUCUCAAAACAGGAAAAAACAAAAGUUGAGGCAUCAAAUGGGACUUAUUAAUUUUGCAAGAGUACGCGUGGCAUUGCGUGCAGCCAAAGACAACAACGAAGAACCAUCAAAGCCUGAAAUGUUUAUUGCAACUCGUACCAAGACGGGAAAGGAAAUCCAGGCUGAUACCCAAGUUGCAAUAGCUGAACUUCAAAAUCGCCAAAAUUCUGGGGAAACAGCUGAUGAUGCAUUUAGGGCAGUGUUUGGAAAGGAGCAGCCUGGUCAACUUAGGUUCUAUGGUAGAUCAGUGACAACAAGUUCCUUGAAGAAAGAUGAGGAAAUUAACAAUCUAAAACAAAAGCAUGCCAAUGAAAUCACUUCUCUAAAGGAAGAAUUGAGAGAAGAAAUGCGACAUUUAUUCACUCAAUUGCUGCAAAACAACCCUGGAUUGAAUUUUCAAGAUAUUCCAGGGUGUGUUGGAUCUAACCUUGCUUCACCUAUUGAUGCAAGUAGCGCACAAGCUGUAAGAGGCACAAAUCUUCCACAGUCUUCAAGGUCAGCUCAUGAUUCGGUUCUCCAAAAGGAAUCUGUCUUUCCUGUACUUUGGAAUGUUGUAUCUCAGCCUCUUUUUGUUGUCUUCUUUUAA